AUGAGCUCCAAUCUUGUUAUCGAAUUUAGUCUCUUUACUUCUAAUCCAAAGGAGUGUGCGCAGCAGAUCUACGAGGCUAGUAGAAAUGUUGGAUUCUUCUAUCUAAAGAACCAUGGUGUCUCUCAGGACUCGAUCAAUCGCAUGUUUAAAUGCAGCAAGAGAUUCUUUCAGAGACCACUCCAAAGCAAGGAUCGGUAUCUUAUGAAAGAUAAUGUCUUUGGAUAUACUCCCGUGAAAUUUGAAAGGUUUAUGGCUUUUUCAGAUAUUCAAUGGAAGGAGAACCGACAAGGUACUUUGGCCAAGGCGGAGUGGCAGAACAGAAGAGGAUUAGCAAUUUCUAUAUGGAUCUUCAUGGCCCCACUAGGGAUGUCCUAUAAUGCUUUCCGAUCGCAUUACAAGUGCUCGAGGGCGUAG